AUGGCGUCUAGCCCGCCAUUGCCGCAGUUCAAAGAGGCCAAGUCAACCGCCACCUCUAUGAUGUGGCAGGUCUACCACCUACGGCCGCGCACUUCAAGGUCCAAAACCAUCGUCUACUCGAUUCUCGCCUUCUUCUUCUUUCUUUUCAUUCUCUCAUCGUCAUCCACUCAUUCCGAGCCAGAUUUUUGGACAAAAUUCCCAUCGCAUCACCCAUUCCCCGAAAUUCCUGAAGAUGCGCAGGUCGCACUCCCUCGACGAACCGAUAUCUCAAUCAACGAUACUCUCCCUCAUGACCUGGACAAGCCCAACCCGAAUCUCCAUGUCCUGGUGCCCAUGCAGCAGGGCUCGCGCGGCACCUGUCGCACCUUGACAUCGGCCAUGAUCCUAGGAUACCCACCUCCAAUCCUGGUAGGAUACGGACGUGACACUCCUGGUGCAACCGAGUUCGAGCGCACUGUGAAUCGCAUCACCCGCCUGCGUGAUUACCUGAAACCGACCCAUACUAUGAAGGAUCAUGAUCUGGUGCUGGUUGUUGACGCCGAAGAUGUUUUCUUCCAGCUGCCCCCGGAGGUUCUCAUCGCGCGCUUCCAAGAAAUCCUACGAACAAAUAACCAGAAACUAUUGAAAAAGCACGGAUUCGCAAAGGUGGAGAAAGCAACUGCCGGUGCUCCGCCGGAUGUAGUGCCGAAAUACUCGCAGCGCGUGCUUUUUGGUGCUAGUAAACUGUGCCAUACUGAUCUGGAGGAAGAUCCGGGCUGUGUUUCUGUUCCAGACUCGUCUCUACCUCCAGAUGUGUAUGGUUGGAAGACGGAUAUCUACCCUGACGGACAUUUGACUCGACCCCGAUGGUUGAAUCCGGGUGCAGUGAUUGGCCAAGCUGCAGACUUAAGACUUAUCUAUGACGAGGCCCUGCGCAUUCUCGAGCAACGCCGCAAGAAGGACGCUGACCACCAGGCUCUGACGCAAAUGUACGGACGACAAGAGGUGGUCCGUGAGCUGGAGCGACGCCGCACCACCAACAGCCUAAAGGAAUGGUUUCAGGGACUUUUGGGCAUCAAUGAAGCCACCAAUAUCACAGGCAUCCAUCUCCGAUUGGAAACAGGUCACCGAUACGAGUACGGAAUUGGAGUUGACUUUGAGUCCCAGAUGUUCUUCAAUCAGAUCCUCUCCCGCAAUGAUGUUGAAUGGAUCAAAUACAACAACAUCACCAAAACCUCCAUACUCCAGGGGCAAUAUGCUGUCCCCCGUGAACACCGUCUUCUUCUGCCAGAUGAUAUUGCAUCACUGCCAAACCCGUUCAAUCAAAGUCGCUUUGCCCAAUCCCAGACAACACACCCCGAAUGGAACGCCACGCUGGAUAAGCUACCAAACCCGGAGGAGCACUCCUGGCACAAUUCACCCCUAAUGACAAACCCACACUCCGCUUCUGUGCCUGUUCUCGCGCAUCUCAAUGGCGAUGAUAAACUCCGCAACGCAUGGUGGGAGAAGAUGUGGUUCUUUCCCUGGGGCCGUGCUCUCCUCCGUCGAUACAUGCGUUCCUCUCGCGGUUUCGAUGCCGCCCAGUCUUCCCUUCUGGGUGGUCAAGAGUGGUGGAAUAUGCGUGGCGGACGAGGUGGAGUCUGGACAGACGACGAGAAUUGGGUCACAUUUUCGGAUGUCUGUGAAGGCCAGGAGCGAGAUCUCUUCGAUGACGAUCUAGGAAUCUGGGCUAAGGAGAACGGUGAUCCCAGUGCGCCAGUCUACAAUCAAUUCGGCAAUCUCCUAUAUGGCAAAGAGCCCCCAGUUGAUAAGAAGUGA